AUGACCAACCUCCACCCCAUCGCUCUGGCAACCCUCCUUCUAGCAGCCCUAUCAACAGCCCAGUCCGCAAACCCAGGUCUAGGAGCCAACCCCAAAGCCAAAGGAGCAACCUCCGAUGUUACCUCAACCACAGGUCCAAACGGAUCGGAAGACUGGCUAAACACAGGCCUAACCACCAACGGCUGGAACCCACCCUUCCUCUCCAUAAACGACAUCUACCACAUCACCCUAGAAACCUUCUACAACGGAAUCGGCGCCCCCUGCCAACAAUACGACACCUACUUCCAAAGCGCAGCAUCAAAGUACAGCGUGGACCCCGUGUUUCUAGCCGUGAUCGCCAUGCAAGAAUCGUCCUGCAACGCAGACGCCGGCGGACCCACGCCCGGCUUGAUGCAAGUAUCCUGCGAAAACUACCCCAACGGUCAAUGCACGAGCUCGAUCCAGGAUAAUGUCGAUGCAGGCACGAACUACCUCUCCUCGCAGCUGGAUGCGGCCGGCGGGAAUGCUAUCAAGGCUUUCGGGUCUUAUAAUGGGUGGUUUACUAGCGGGAGUGGGCUGAAUGGGAAUAAGGGCCUUACGCGCGAUUAUCCUUGUUCGGAGGAGGGUCGAGCGAACGGCGAACCGCAGAAUUUGGAUUACUUGCAUCAGGUUAUGAAUGGGUGGUUGAUGGGGUUGGAUGCCUAUGGGGAUGAUAGUUGGAUUGGGAUUUACAAGUGUGAUCAGUCUUGUGGGGAUGGGAGUCUGUGCUAG